GCGCCAUCUUAUCGCUCAUGUCGACGACAACGCAACUGAACAACCUCGCCGGUGAGCAGCUAAAGCUAAGCUGAGGUUAGCCAUGGCGGCGGCGAUGGGGUUGGAGAGGAAGGCGAAGGUGGCGGAGGUGGCGCUGCGGUGCGCGGUGUGCGCCCUGGCGGCGCUGGCGGCGGCGCUGGUGGGCACGGGAAGCCAGACGAGGACCUUCUUCUCGCUGGAGAAGAAGGCCAGGUUCACGGACAUGAAGGCACUCGUCCUCCUCGUCGCCGCCCACGGCGCCGCCGCCGUGUACAGCCUGCUCCAGCUGGCGCGGUGCGCCGCGGCCGCGGCGUGGAAAGGCGGCAGCAAUGGCGGCGCGGCGGUGGUGGCGUGGUCGGUGUUCUCGUGCGACCAGGCGGUGGCGUACGCGCUGAUGGCGGCGACGGCGGCGGCGCUGCAGUCGUCGGUGGUGGGGAAGCGCGGGCAGCCGGAGCUGCAGUGGAUGCCUGUCUGCGGCCUCUACGGCGCGUUCUGCCGCCGCGUCGGGGAGGGCCUCGCCGCCGCCGUCGCCGCGGGCCUCGCCGCCGUGCUCCUCGCCGCCGUCUCCGCGUUCAACCUGUUCCGCCUCUACGGCGGCGGCGGCGGCGGCCGCAAGAGCAGCGCCGGCGCCGUCUCCGGCAAUGGCGCGAACACGUGGUAGGCAAGGCUAGUUUAGCUGCUUCGAUGGAGUUUAAUUUCUUUGUAGUUUCAGAAUUAAAUUAAGCGAGACUGGCUCACUGACACGUAAUUAAGUUCGUUAAAUCGUUGGUAAUAACUGUUAUGGGCUUAUGGCUGUGGAUGAUAAUAAUUAAGUCAGAUUUGCCGACGACCAAAUCGCCUGUUUAAUACUCCCUCCCUCCAUCCUAAAUAUAAAUAAUUUUGGUUGGA